GCAGCUAGCUUGACGUUGCACCAAUAAGCAGCUAGCAUGCUGGCUAAAUGUGUAAACCUGGUUCAAUUUGCACUUUUAAACUUCAUUUUUGAGCGGUUUUGUGGUUACUUUACUUGCUAACAUGAAAGCUCCGAUGAAGGAUAAUAACUCUUGAGUCUAUAAAUGGUCGUGUGAAGAUUUAUUUCCUUGCUUUGCCGUGGACAUCACCUCUGCCUGCGGGAAAUACAACUGGCUAACAGUUAGCACAGCUGUUUGGAGAUCCGGCGUGAGCCUUUAGUGCCAAAAGGGGAUGGAUCCUCUGGGUGCUCGCUCCCAGUUUGUGGACAUCCAGACUCUCCCUACAUGGCAGCAGCAGCUCGGUGAGGAUUUCGAGGAGACUCUGCAGGACCAGAGCGACAGCCUGCUCAGCCAGCAGGCCUUCCCCUCACCCUUCCCCUUUAGACCGGACAUCAACCGCAAAAUCAUCCUCUUCACCGGUGACAUCGCCCUGCUGAACUGCACCGCCAUCACCAACACUAGCAAUGAGUCGCUAAACGACAAGAACCCGGUAUCUGACAGCAUCCAUCAGCUUGCAGGACCCGAGCUGAGAGACGAACUGCUCAAACUCAAAGGAUGUCGGACAGGGGAGGCGAAGCUGACCAAAGGCUUCAACCUGGCAGCGAGGUUCAUCGUCCACACGGUGGGACCAAAGUACAAAGCAAAGUACAGGACGGCAGCGGAGAGCUCGCUGUUCAGCUGCUACAGAAACAUCUUGCAGCUGGCCAUAGAGCAGUCGAUGUCGUCUGUUGGCUUCUGUGUCGUGAGCACGACCAAAAGAGGUUACCCACUGGAGGACGCCACACACAUCGCUUUCAGAACAGUGCGCAGGUUCCUGGAGAAUCAUGGGAACAGCAUCGAGGCGGUGGUGUUUGCAGUGUCAGACACAGAGGAGCCGGUGUACAAGAAGUUACUGCCUCUGUACUACCCUCGCUCUGAGGAAGAGGAGAGGGCCUGUCUGCCCCUCAUCCCAGCUGACAUUGGCAACUCUGAGGGUGAACCCGUCGUCCCUGAGAGACAGAUCCGCAUCGCAGAGAAACCAGGCACCCUGGAAGAUGAUUCUGAAGAGGAGAGUUUGGAGUCGGAUCUGGGUCAGGUGGGGAAUCAUGCUUUCGCCCGGAUGGAGGGCGACGUGGACAAACAACGCAAACUGAUUCUGCAGGGCCAAAUGUCAGAGGCGGCCAUGCAGAAGCAGCACCAGAGGAAUUACAAUCGCUGGCUGUGUCGAGCGAGAGCAGAAGAUCUGUCAGACAUCGCUGCACUGAAAGCUUUGUAUCAAACGGGUGUGGAUAUGUGUGGCAGAACAGUGAUGGUUGUGGUUGGACGAAACAUCCCAGUGACCCUUAUUGACAUUGAAAAGGCCCUGCUGUAUUUCAUACAUGUGAUGGACCACAUCACAGUGAAGGAGUAUGUGAUGGUUUACUUCCACACACUGACCGGCGAGCACAACCACCUGAACUCCGACUUCCUCAAGAACCUCUACGACAUCGUUGACGCCAAGUUUAAAAAGAAUUUGAAGGCCUUCUACUUUGUGCAUCCAACAUUUCGCUCAAAGGUCUCAACGUGGUUCUUCACCACCUUUAGUGUGUCAGGGAUGAAGGACAAGGUCCGCUACCUGGACAACCUGCCUCAGCUCUUCACCUGGAUCAAGCCUGAGCAGAUAGACAUCCCUCCUUUUGUCCUUGAGUACGACGCACGGAUGAAUGGACCGUUCCAUCCCUCCCAGUCUUCCAGUCUGUGACAGGAGACCAUUCAAACGUCUCUGUCGAGGUGACAAGGUGGUGACGGCCUGUCAAAUGGAAGCCAUUUAUGGACAUUAUGUUGCCUGUGUGGUCUGAACUGCUACCAUUCUCUUAAGGAUCUGAACCAUAGUGGGGAAAAUCUCCUUUUGUCCUUCCAAAAGGACAAAAUUAACCGACGCAGCCCACGUUUAGAAGCAUGUGGCGUGGUAAGCGGUCGAAUCUCACCCACCACAAACUAUUUGUGGAUCUCGUAUGGUUUCUGGAUUAUGCCUUACACCAAGAGUUCUUAUUCAGCAGUUUCUUCAAACACCCCUAAAUAUGAAGUAUCAUGUCAAGCCUGACAGUUCCUCAAAGCCAUUUUCAUUGUGCGGUCAUAUCAGACGUCCUCGCCCAUGUCUCACAAUAUUGCAAGACUUUUUCAUAUGCUGGAGUAAGACUUGGGGAGAUGACGUCUGUCUUGUUUUCCACACCAUUUCAUUCUAUGUUGUACCACGUUGCCCUGCGGAAACUCUGGAUCAAGUAAAGACUAAUGCUGCAUUACACUCAGUUGAAAGUUGUAAAUUCCCACCUGGUAGGUUGAAAUAACAACUUUUGUCUUUGAUAGACAAAAACAAUGCUCCUCAUGCAACAGCUAACGUCAGGAAUGUCGCUCUGUUAGCUAGCUAGGUAGCAUAGAAUAUUAACUUUACAUCUCAAAUGUAUGUGUAUCCAUUUACCAACAUAAGCUUUAAAUUCACACAAAGUGUGUGGGUGGAUUUAAGGUGAUGCACUGAAAAUGUUUUUCAAGAGUUGAUGUCAGAUAUCUGCAUCUCAGAAACCUCAGUUUUCAAUCGCAUGAAGUUUGUAAUUUCCCACCGGUAGGUUGUGGUCCUACUGGCAAGUCUAAUCUGGAACACAGCAGCGCAGAUAUGUUUCUGCCAAGCUGGUGAACAUAAUCUAGGAUAGCAGUACUGAGACAAUUAGUCGAUAAAUCAUUUAGUCAACAGAAAUUUCAGCUGCAAUAUUUUUAAAAAUCAAUUAAUCGUUCAAGUUAUUUGACAAGCAAAAAUACCAAUCAUUCACUGGUCCCAGUUUCUCAAAUGUGAGGAUUUGCUACUUUUUUUGUUUUAUAUUCUUAUAAACUGAAUACUUUUUGGAUUUGGGACUCUUCAUCACACAAAACAAGCAAUUAGAAGACAUCACCUCUGGAAACUUAUGGUGGGCAUUUUUCUAUUAGUUAGUUGAUUAAAUUUAAAAAUGAAUGCAAUAAUUGAUUAUUAAUAUAAUUAUAGGUUGUUGCCUCUCUGGCAAGGUCAGUCAUAAAGUUCUCUUCUUCUAUGGUACUGCCUGCUUGAGUAUAGCUAGCCUACUUGUCAGGCUGAAGGUCCUUGCUGUCUGCAGGAUGCAUUUUAUAGCUUUAUGCCAGAGGUCUCAACCCAGAGGUCAGAACGUGAUAAAGGGGACUACAAACAACAUUCUCUUACUGCACUAACGUAUCAUCAUGUAAUUGCUUCCACAAUUGUAAUUUAUGUCUUGUGAAACUGGUUUUCAGCUGCUUUGCUUCCUCUGAUGUUUAUUCUUUGGUUGAACUGUUCAAAUGCCAAAAAAGGAUGAGAAUCACUUCCUUACGGCAGUUGGCACCCUCGAUGAGGAAGAAAAGUACAAUUAGCUGACUUUUCUUUUGCCCUUGCCAAUAGAGCUUAACAUUUUUGUGCCUGUUUGUUUGUUAAAAUGAGCGUUUUGUUCCUCAGUCACUAAUUUUCCUUUUUAUUUGCACAGUUGGCUCCACUUCAUUUGGUGUUUUCAAAAUGCACAAAUAGUUUAAUUUAACUUGGACUUCCAGACUGGUGGGUUUACUUUAUCUAAUUGCAAAUCAAAUGUACUGAACUGAACUUUGAAAACAUUCCUGUGAUUGUCUAAACCUUCGAAGCAGUUAUUAUGUAGCAAACCCCAUCUGUCUGGUACCCCGAGAGGUAACACUAUCAAAAUAGACGUAGACUCUGUCUAACUAACGUCACCAUCGAAGAAAUGUCACCUGCAUGUAGUUUUGUCUUCACCAAGUCUUCUCCAGUUGGCUGGUCUUCCACACACUGUCAGGAAUCCAUACCUAUUUAAAUAAGUUCAAGUCCUCACUAACAAGAGAUACUGUAUCAGUGAUUCAAAAUCCCGACACAGUCAGACAGGUCAGGUGACACUAUCGUACAGUACCGUAUCGUACGAGUUCAGUUUGAAACUUGAGGCUUCUUAAAUUGUAACUUACAUGUUGUUGGAGUUUGUAUAUUUAAACGGGGAGAUGUGCCAUGUCAGUUACUCAAGGAUCAAUCACCAGAUCGUUGCUCAAGGAUCCAUCAAGGACCAGAUCAAUCAAUCACCCUGUAAAUAAAAUGCAGUUAAACAGAUGUUGAUCCUGUAAUCAACGUUCAGUGUCUUUAUAUCUUAUUUUUCUAAAACGAAUGGAAGAAAAACAUCCAGCGCGGUUAGGUAAUUCAAAGCAAAAUUGCAUGAAUGAAACAAAUGAGUUUUCCUUAACUGACCAACUUUUUCAACCUGCUUUUAGAAAAAGAAGAUUU